CCCAUCAGGCAACACAACCGUUACUUACGCAUCGUAUCCGCGACUCAGUUUCGUGUUGUUUCGUUGUUACAAUAUUGCGUGGUGCCAGAUCCGACAUACCAGUCACUUCCGAAGUUACCACGGCAAACUACGCCAAGAUGACCGCCCCGAGACUGUCGGUGCUGAUCGUGUUCGCAGUGGCUGCAGUGCUCCUGCAACCGUCCCUCGGUGCUGUACCAACUCAUCGCAUUGCUAGAGGCCUUGGAUCGGAUUUUGCAUCUAAAUUCCAGGAGUAUGUAAAUCGCUAUAGUUCAAGUUCACCAUCUGCAUCAUCCGCACCAACAGAAACUACGUCUUCGUCUCAAACACAGACGGAGUCAGCAGCCACGUCAGAAACCGCAGCUGGAACUGAAUCAGCAGCAUCUGAAAUUUCUCCUUCAGUAGUGGCUAAAGAAGGAUCUUCUUCUUCAGGUGGAAUCUCGACCUUCCAAAACUUAAUUCCAAGUUCAUUCUCCCAAUAUGGCCAGUACCCAAGUCAUUUAUCAAACCAGUACAACUCAAACCAAUUACAAAACCAUCUCAACCCUGGCCAAUACAUAUCAGGAGGAUCCACCAGUUCACCAAGUGCAUCUCAAGCGUCAUAGUCCACUACUACUCAACCAAAGAUUGAUUACACAUUCAACCACUAUAUACCUGUUAUAUUAUGUUAUGAAUAAAAUAUAUAUAUAUAUAUA